AAAUAGCUGGUUAAUUAAAACUUAAUUCAAAGCUGGUCUCUUCACACAGACAGAGAUUGUAGGUGUUAGUCUGAUGCAUGUAUACUGGGCGCAUUUCAGGAUCGUGUCAAGUCAUCGUGGUAACACAGGGCAGGGGCAGCCUGCUCAAGUUUGAGCCUGUCCCAGAAUGCACCAGCUGUUCCGUCUAGUGCUGGGACAGAGAGACCUGUCCCGUGCAGGAGACCUCUUCUCUCUGGAUGACAGUGAGAUUGAAGACUGUCUGUCCCAAGCCCUGGAGGAAAUCAAAGUCAUAUCCUGUUCACCAGACUACUUGACCAAUGACAACGACCAAGCGGUGGUGGAGAUCUGCAUCACGCGCAUCACUACAGCCAUUAGGGAAACCGGUUCGAUCGAGAGGCACGGAGCAGCUCUCGCGUCAUUAUGGGAGUCGUGUCUUGAGCAUAACCUCCAGCCGCAGGGCAAAGAUGAAAACACACCCCAUGCCAAGAUCGCCUCUGACAUCACCAGCUGCAUCUUGCAGAAUUACAACAGGCCUCCAGUGAUGGCAUUAGCGGUCCCUGUGGCAGUGCGGUUCUUGCAGCAGGGGAACCAAGAGCUGAGCAGAAACAUGUCCAGCUACUUGUCACUGGCUGCCAUUGCUAAAGCUGAACUCCUGGCCCAACACACAGAGGCCAUCACCUGCAGCGUGCUAGGAGGUAAUGCCAUGCUGUUGAGAGUGCUGCCAUCUGUGUAUCCACGACAACCAGAGCCCAUCCAUCAACACAUCCGUGAGCUGACGGCGAUGAUGUCCCAGUUGGACCAGGCUGGCAGACAGCACCUGCUCAGACUACUGCAGAUGAUCUCUGACCUUCACCCUCUGGUAUUGUCGUCUUUGGUGCCAUCAUUGAUUGGUUAUGUCAGUGACCGUGAUCUAGGUGACACUGCUUUGGGUGUGUUGGUGAACGUGGCUCAGGCAAGCCCCACCUCUCUCGUUCCCUUCCUGUCCACGCUAAGAAAUGUGGGUCAGAAGAACCCUUGGUUGCUGGGACACAUCGCUAAGAUCCAUGGGGCAGUGGGUCUGACUAGUGAGGUCCAGGCUCGCGGGGCGCUGCAGUAUCUGGUGUCACUGUUAGCAAGUAUGGGGCACAACGCCCAUCACACACUACUGCUGGAAAUCCACUGCCUGACCGAUCGCUACACUUCCAUCCUGGGUGGUGGAGGAAAAGACAUCUACCGCAUGAGCAACAGCUUCACCGCCAUCGCUCGACUGCUGGGCUGCAAGCUGGAGGCUGACAGUACACUUAGCAGAGAGGAGGAGAAGGUGCAGGAUUUGUCCAGGCCGUGUGAAGCUGAGUCUGGUUCUGACAUGUUUGCUGAGAACCAGCACCUGCAGGUGAAGAUCCAGGCUUUCGAGCAGAAGAUGGGCGAUGAGGUGGAGGAAUCUGAGGAAGAGGGUGCUUCUCCUGGUCCUCAGAGACGCCACAGUCUGGGUCAGGCAGCGCGAGACGAGCGCAGAGAGAUGAGGUUCAGCAGGUCAAAGAGUCUGGCUCUUCACGCUGUACGCACACGAUCCAUUAACUCUGACAGCAGUCCAGAGGGAGAAGGGGUGGAUCUGAGCGCAGAACUCGAUGUCUGUGAGGCCAUUCCUACUUCAGAGACUGGUUCUGCCCUCACGGCCCUGCAGGAGAACCACAAACUCACAGAGACUCUACCUGACACAUCUCCAAACAGUGAGGGGCAAAAGGUGGUGGCUGGAGAUCCCCGGGAGGGAGAUCGACUCUGGAUCCACCUAAGAGACAACAUGGAAGAAAUCAAAACCUUCUGUGCAGAAAUGUUCAAGCAAAUCCCCAUACCUGAGCACUGUGUCAUUGAAGACUCACAUCGUGGCUGUGUAGCUAAGCUGUCCUUCUCCUGUCCACUGAAAGGACACUACUGCCUGUACGUGAAGUCCUGUUUCUCACUGUGUAGCCGUCAGCCACACCUCUGGAUCCAAAUCAUGCUACUGGCACUGCAGAGUAAAGUGAGCGAGGCGUUGUGCUGUCAAGAUGAGUGUGUUAAGCAGCUAAGGAAACUUUGGGAGAAAACACAGCUGACGGGAGCUCACAGCUUUGAGCUGGCCAUGACUCAGACAACUGUUCCUCACAAGAAG